AUGAAUCAGGCUUCCUUGAUGCGUCAUAUUUGGAAGACCUCUUCUAACGCUGAAUCUUGUUGGGUGGGUUUUGUGUCUUCGCGAUGGCUGCGGCAUCAUUCCAUAUGGUCUCUACCAAGGCCUUCGACUUGUUCUGCUACUUGGAAGGCCAUCUUGGACACUCAGCCUGUUGCCUUGCGUUGCUCUUGGGUCCUCCUCCAUGAUGGGCACAAGACGCUGCUAUGGCAUGAUCCUUGGCUCGAUGGGGGCCUUUUAUCUCAGCUGGGUCUACUGCUUGCCCCUGCUGUUGGCCGUGAUUUUUUUGCCCCUGUCUGUUCCAUACUACAGCGCCUUCCCUGCCCUGCUACUGAUCCUGCCAUGUUCUCUCGAUGGCCUGAGAUAUGUGCAUCUAGAACCUUCACCCGUCUGCAGGAAGACACUAUGGUGUGGACAACAACCCCCUCAGACCGGUUCUCGAUCCAGUCUGCGUGGAAUGCCAUUCACUCCUCCCAGCUUGAAGUUCCUUGGCAUCAGCUAAUCUGGGCAGCUUCAAAUCACCCGCGGUUUUCCUUUAUUGCUUGGCUGGCAACCAGGGAAGCGCUCACUCUUCGGACCAGGGCUGCAAAUUGGGGGAUUACUACCGAGAGAGCUAGCUACCUAUGCAACCAGGGUGAUGAGACUUUUGACCAUUUGUUCUUUAGGUGCUCCUAUACGAGGGCGAUCUGGCAAGCGCUCCUCAAGCUGUGCAGCUACAACUGUGCACCCCUUGAUUCAUGGCAGGGCGAACUCGGCUGGGUUAGUGCUCAUUUCAUUGGCAUAACACUUGUGGAUCGUAUUAAGAAGUUCUGUUUUUGUGCUACCAUCUAUCGCAUUUGGGCUGAGCACAACAGCUGCGCCUUCCAAAAUGUGGCACACCAUUUCACGGCUGUUGUCUCCUUUGUGGUAGAGGAUACCAGGGGUAAGUUCUUUAUCCAUGACCAGGCUACACCUGAUACCCCCUCCUCUCGUGCCUUCCUCGAGAGGUGGUGCAUUUCAUCCUCUUUCACCCUCGCCACUGGUACCCCCCAUGCCUGGCUGGUUAGCCAUUAA